AUGAGCUAAAUUGAAGAAAAUUCAACAACAGUUUAAAAAGAUCCUACAGAAUUUACACCAACUUCCUUUAAAGUUAUUGGAAAGAGGGAAGAUAUUCCUGUGCUUAAAGAAAUAGGAUAAAAGAUUGAUGAAUCAAAAAGAUUAAAAGAGGAAGGCAAUUAGUUUUUUAAGCAAAAAGAUUAUAAAAAAGCUCUUUCUUCCUACAACAAGGCUAUUUUAUAUGUAAUCGGUUUAGUAGGUGAAAAUGAUGAACACUAUUAAUAUGGAAAUGCUAGCUCGAAGCUGAACGAAGAACAAGACUUAAUAGUAAAAGAGCUUAAAUCUAGCUUAUAUUUAAAUAUUUCCUAAAUUGACCUAUUUAACAAAAACUAUGCAAAAUGUAUUGAAAGAGCAACAAAAUCUCUUGACAUUAAAUAGACAGCAAAGGGAUACUACAGAAGAGCUAUCGCUUAUAUGGAGCUAAACGAUUUCUAGCGCUCAUAAUAAGACUUUUAAAAAAGCCUUUAAUUGGACUAAACACUAGAAAAAGAUAUACAACAAAAAAUUUAGAUAUUAAAGCAAAAAGAAAAGCAAGAAGACAAAAAAUCUUAAGCUUUCUAUUCAAAAAUGUUUAAUUGA